CUCCUCUCUGCUUCUCGCUGUCGCGGCCGCCGCUCCCGCCCCGCCCUUCGGCUCCGCCACCGCCCCUUCGAGUCCCGAGAGCGCGGCAGAGGGACGGACCCUCCCUCCUCCUCCCCCGCCUCCGCCUCCCAGCCGGGAAGAGCUCGCCGUGCCCGCCGCAGCCCCGCUGGAUGCGCUGAGGGGAAGGGGCAGGAGGGAGCCGGCAGCCCCGCCGCCGAGGCGCUGCGCUGCCCGGAGGCUUCACCGCCAUCUGCUUCCAUUCUGCCCUUUCAUUCAUUCCUGGCUUUGCCCCUGCCUCCUCCUCCUCUCCGCCCGCGGGGAGACAACCCAGGCGGCGGCGGGGGCUGCAUCCCCCCCGCUUUUUUUUUUUUUUUAAAUUUUAUUUUAGUUUUUUAUCAUUUUUUUACGUUUUCAUCGUCGCCAUGGGAUGUACCCUGAGCGCCGAGGAAAGAGCCGCCUUGGAGCGCAGCAAGGCCAUCGAGAAGAACCUGAAGGAGGAUGGGAUCAGCGCUGCCAAAGAUGUCAAACUCCUCCUGCUCGGGGCCGGAGAGUCCGGGAAAAGCACCAUCGUGAAGCAAAUGAAGAUCAUCCAUGAGGAUGGCUUCUCUGGAGAAGAUGUGAAGCAGUACAAGCCAGUGGUGUACAGCAACACUAUACAGUCGCUGGCAGCUAUCGUACGUGCCAUGGAUACCUUGGGGCAAUCAGAUACGGCGAUAAGGGACGGCGGGUAA